AUGUUACAAAUUGGUCAGUUGCCCAUGAGACCCUACCCCGUACUAAUCACCCCAGUGAAAGAGUAUAUAAUAGGGAUGGACAUUUUACGGGGGAUGACUCUUCAUCUCCCCAAUGAGGGGACAUUUUCCUUUGGGGGCCCAAAGAAAGUUAGAGCAGUGACAGUGGGGAAAUUGAAAAUACCACCGUUCCCCAUCCCAAUCGCCCGAAAGGUAGUGUGUCAAAAACAGUAUAGGAUUCCAGGAGGGCAGGAAGAAAUCCAGGCUGCAAUAAAAGAUUACCUGAACGUAGGAGUGUUGAGGGGAGCAACCACUAAGUGGAACAAUCCAAUCUGGCCUGUUAAAAAGUCAGACGGCACUUGGCGAAUGACGGUAGAUUACCGAGAACUAAAUAAGCACACACCGCCCCUGACGGCGGCGGUGCCUGACACUAUUACAUUGAUAGAAAAAAUUCAGGCAAGUAAGGGAAAGUGUUACGGGGUGAUAGACUUGGCAAAUGCCUUUUUCACAAUCCCCAUCCCUGAGGAUAAGCAGGAUCAGUUUGCAUUUACAUGGCUGGGGAGACAAUACACUUUCACACGCCUGCCACAGGGGUAUUUACAUUCCCCAACCAUCUGUCACCGGCUGGUGGCAGAACAUUUAGAUGAGUGGAAAAGGUCGGCGGACCUCACAAUCACCCAUUAUAUCGAUGACAUCAUGGUGCAGGGGGAGACAGAGGGGCAGGUAGGAGAGGCGAUAGCCUCAUUAGUAGAACACAUGAAAAGCAAGGGAUGGGAAACUAACCCACAAAAAAUACAAGGACCCUCUCACACGGUUAAGUUUUUGGGGAUUCAGUGGAACAAGGGAGAAAGAGAGAUAGUGGAAAAGGUACGCAACAAAGUCGUUCACUUUGCAACCCCAAAAACAAAGCAGGAUGUGCAGAAAUUUGUGGGGCUAUUUGGAUACUGGCGACACCAUAUACCGCACAUGGGGCAAAUUCUGGGGCCGUUAUACAAGAUCACACGUAAAAAGAAUACGUUCGAAUGGACACCAGAAGCGCAGGUGGCUUUCGCGCUGGCCAAGGAAGCGAUAGUGCAGGCAGGGAGCCUGGCAAGGGUGGAGGAUGGGCCUCUAGAAUUGCAGGUGUCCUCAACCGAGUGCUAUGCUAACUGGAGCUUGUGGCAAAAGCAGAGUGGGAAACGCAGACCUUUAGGGUUCUGGUCUAAAAAAUUAGCAGAUGCAUGUUCACGCUACACUCCGUUCGAACGACAAUUGCAGGCGUGUUAUCUUGCACUCAUAGACACAGAACAACUGACACUAGGACAUGAGGUCCUUUUGCGACCGCAGAUACCGAUCAUGACAUGGGUAAUGAGCAACCCCAAAACUCACAGGGUGGGGGCAGCCCAAGAAAACACCAUAAUCAAAUGGAAAUGGUACAUAGCUGACCGGGCAAAGCCCGGCGCAACCGGUGUGUCUGUAUUACACGAGAAAGUGGCAGAGGUACCAGAGGAAGGUGAGGAAAUAAUAAUGGUUACUCACGAGGAGGAGUCGCUGGUGAAAUGGGGUAAGUUAUACGAUACCCUGACAGACGAGCAAAAACAGCACGCCUGGUUCACCGAUGGGAGUUACAGAGUGGUGGGGGGGCAGCGCUGCUGGAAAGCGGUGGCGUAUAAUCCUCACACUGGGAAAAUGCUGGAAGGGAGGGGAGAAGGAAAGAGCAGUCAGUGGGCAGAGCUACAGGCAGUAGCGAUGAUAUUACAGCAGGAAAAGCUUAGUCCCUGUCAUAUCUACACUGACUCAUGGUCCGUGGCAAACGGGCUAGGGGUGUGGAUGCCCACAUGGAAGAAAAAUAAGUGGGCAAUCAAAGGAAGGGACGUUUGGGGGAGAGAGAUGUGGGAACAAAUUUGGGAAAUUGCUGCCAAUAAUCCUAACAUCACGGUGUCGCACGUGGACGCGCAUACAAAAGGGACGGAUGCAGACGCUCUUUUUAACGCGGUGGCGGAUGCCCAAACCAAAACCGCGACAGUAACAAUAAUGGAACAUGGAACAGACAUGGCAAAGUGGGCGCAUGAGAGGGGGGGUCACCUUGGGGCGGCUGCUACUGUAAAGUGGGCAGCAGAGAGGGGGGUGGCCCUAACUAUAGACAAAGCGAGGGAGGUAGGAUUAAAUUGUGAAACAUGUCAGCAUCAGCAGAAGCUCCCGGUAUUGCAACCAGUAAUGGGACAUAUUAACAGGGGGCGGGAACCAGGACAAAUUUGGCAAAUUGAUUUUAUUGGGCCCAUGCCUAGGUCCAAAGGGUGUGAGUAUGCAUGCACGGUGGUGGACACAUACUCCGGAGUAUUGGUGGUACAUCCCUGCCCACAUGCCAACCAAGAGGCCACCCUAUUGGCCCUUCAAAAGGUAGAAUUGGCAUAUGGCCUCCCAUUGCAGGUUCAAUCAGAUAACGGGACGCACUUUACAGGAUGGAAAGUGAAGCGCUGGGUGGCGGAAAGACAGGUAGAGUGGGUAUACCAUGUAACCUAUCAUCCGCAGGCCGCAGGGUUAGUGGAACGAGUUAACGGGUUAUUGAAAACUCAGCUGCGUAAGAGAGGAGGGGGAACGCUCCAAAACUGGAAGGAGCAUUUAGUGGAUGCGGUUUGCGCGCUCAAUAAUCGCCCAUUUGCAACAGGUUCAACUCCGUUGCAGAGGAUGAAAUUUCAGAUCUGUAAAAUGGACGCAGACGGGCCAAUACAGAUCUGGAUAGAGCAUCCAGACGCAAAACUACCCAUUAGGGGCAGUGAGGGGGCAGCAGGCUUAGAUCUCUAUGCGAUACAGGAUGAGACAGUCACCGAACGAGUAACUAUAAUUAAUACAGGGAUAGGGGUGAAAAUCCCGAAGGGACACUACGGGCAUGUAUGCCCAAGAUCAAGUCUAGCGCUAAAGGGAGUCACUGUGCUAGCAGGCGUAAUCGACGCAGAUUACCAAGGGACCGUCAAAGUUCUGUUACAAUCCUCAAUGGGGGAUCCAAUCAAAUUGACUAAGGGAGAUCGAAUAGCGCAAUUGUUAAUAAUACCAGUUCACAUGGGAAAAGUGCAGGAAAGUACUGCACCAGUAGUUAAGACUGGCCGGAAUGUGGGGGGAUUUGGAUCAACAGAUGCUCCUAAAUUGGUUAAUGGGGCGAAGGUGUGGGUUAAACAACCCCAUGGACCACCCCGCCCGGCAGAAAUCAUCGCAAUGGGACAGGAUUUGAUUGUAACUGUUCUAUACAAUGGAGAAGAAGCAUGGGUAAAUGUUCCUGUAAAACACUGCUAUAGACGGGAGUGA